AUGGACAACGCCGGGAUGAAGAGAGGAAUCGUGAUAGAAGACGACUGGCCGGGACACCGUCUGGACCUGUUCACGUACCCUGAACACUACCGUGAAGACGUAGACAGUGUUUACAUACCACACGGGGUCAUCAUGGACAGGGUGGAGCGUCUGGCCCGCUACGUCACGGAGGACUUCGGGGACUGCAUCACGGUGCUGUGCGUCUUGAAGGGGGGCUACAAGUUCUGUGCAGACCUGGUGGAGUUCAUCGAGGUUCUCGGCCGCAACUCCGACAAGUAUCUGGAGACCCGGGUGGAGUUCAUCCGGCUGAAGAGCUACCUGGUAGGUGAACUGAAACACGACAACGACCAAUCGACCGAGGAGCUGCACAUCAUAGGAAGCCGAGAUCUGUCUUUCGUGCGUGGGAAGAGUGUGCUCAUUGUUGAGGCCAUCGUCGACACAGGAAAGACCAUGAAGGCCCUGCUGAAGCACGUGGAGACCUUUGAACCCACGAUGGUCAAGGUCGCAGGCCUGCUGGUGAAGAGGGUCCCGAACAUGGCUGAAAACCUGACGGACUAUGUUGGAUUCGAAAUCCCGAACCGCUUCGUCGUGGGUUACGCUCUGGACUACAACGAAUACUUCCGCGACCUGAGCCACAUCUGCGUCAUCAGCGAGACCGGCAAGGCGAAGUACAAGGUUUGA